CCAACGAAAUUUCUUACCCCAUCCUUGUCCCUGUCUAAUAGUGUCUAUUGUCUACUCAGCUUCCCCUCCUUUCUUCCCCUUCUCACUCCAAAAUCCAAAGUUCGCACCUUUUUCCCACUCUCAUCUUCUUCCCAGUUUCGCAGAAGCACCGAUAUGAAAUUACCAGCUGCUUGGAUUUUUCUUGUCUUGAUACUUCCAUCACUAAUUUCUUGUUGGAGCAGCGAUGGUUUCGUCAGGAUUCCGGUGAAGAAGAGGAAAUUUGACCAAAUUGCUGACUUGUCUGUUUCAACUGCCCCUCUAGAAGCCUCUCCGCUGCUCAACAAGUACAAAUUUGGUCCUGGAGGAUAUAGUGAUGGGGCUGAUGUAAUUACACUGAAGAACUAUUUGGAUGCUCAGUAUUAUGGCGAAAUUGGAGUUGGGUCUCCUCCUCAAACCUUCACUGUAAUCUUCGACACUGGAAGUUCCAAUCUUUGGGUUCCUUCUUCAAAAUGUUACUUCUCGCUCGCUUGCUUUCUUCAUUCUAGGUACAAAUCAAGUCAUUCAAGCACGUAUAAGGAGAACGGUACUUCUGCCGCAAUCAACUAUGGAAGUGGUUCACUUUCUGGUUUCUUUAGCCAGGACAGUGUCAAAGUCGGCCAUCUUGUUGUGGAGGAUCAGGUAGAAGAUUUUAUCGAGGCAACAAAAGAGCCAGGCAUCACAUUCUUGGCUGCAAAGUUCGACGGCAUCCUUGGGCUUGGAUUUCAAGAGAUUUCAGUCGGAAAUGCUGUUCCCGUGUGGUAUAACAUGGUUAAUCAAGGUCUUGUAAAGAAACCUGUUUUUUCGUUUUGGUUGAACCGUAAUGUUGAAGGUGAAGAAGGAGGAGAGAUUGUGUUUGGUGGGGCUGAUCCUAGUCAUUACAAGGGAAAGCAUACCUAUGUUCCUGUUACUCAGAAAGGGUAUUGGCAGUUCGAUAUGGGCGACGUGUUAAUAAGUUCUGAAUCUACUGGCUUUUGUGCUGGUGGCUGCAAGGCAAUUGCUGAUUCUGGUACUUCCUUGUUGGCUGGCCCAACGACUGUGAUUGCUCAAAUCAACCAUGCUAUUGGGGCUUCUGGCGUUGUCAGUCAAGAAUGCAAGACAGUUGUGUCACUCUAUGGGAAAACCAUACUGGAAUUGCUCUUAGCUGAUGUACUGCCAAAACAAGUCUGCUCCCAAAUUGGCAUUUGCUUCUCUAAUGGGUAUCAUAGUGUUAGUAUGGGCAUUAAGACUGUGGUGGGUCAGAGUACAGACGCACCAGUGGACAAUGCCCUGUGCACUGCUUGUGAGAUGGCGGUCGUGUGGAUUGAAAAUCGGCUGAAGUUAAAUGAAACAGUAGAACAGAUUCUUACAUACGUAAAUAAGCUUUGUGAAAGGCUUCCCAGUCCUAAUGGACAAUCAGCCGUCGAGUGUAGUAGUCUUUCUUCCAUGCCUGUUAUCUCGUUCACGAUUGGUGGCAAGGGUUUCAAUCUUGCACCAGAAGAGUACAUUCUUAAAGUGGGGAAUGGAAUUGCUGCUCAAUGCAUCAGUGGGUUCUCUGCAUUUGAUAUGCCACCUCCUCGCGGCCCUCUGUGGAUUUUGGGAGAUGUUUUCAUGGGACGUUACCACACUGUGUUCGACUAUGAGAACUUGUCAAUCGGGUUUGCUGAAGCAGCUUAGUGUGGUUUUGACGAAAUUAUUAGACUGGAAAAAGGAGCAAAACGUAUAACAAGUAGCGGGGAUAGCUCAGUUGGGAGAGCGUCAGACUGAAGAUCUGAAGGUCGCGUGUUCGAUCCACGCUCACCGCAUGUUUAAAUGUCCUUUUUUUUAGGAUGAGAAUUAACUGAAAAGUUCAGCUACGGUAAAUUCCAAAUUUGAUCACUGGGUAUACUAAAGAGUGUUAUGUUUAGUCACUGGAAAAAAUUAAUAUUAAUAAUUAUCACUAAGUUUGGUAAAACAUGUCAUGUUUGGUCACCCUCCAUUAGUUUUCAUCCAACUCUGUUAGCGAAGUCCGUUAAGCGCUGACGUGGCAAACAUAAUUGCAUAUUUAAAAUGUUUUGUUCUA